AAAAACACCCCCGCCAUGCACGCUCCUCCUCGAAUGGCGCCACCUUCUCCGUCGUUCUCGCAUUCGUUACCUGAAUCGCAACUCACAACCGAAAAGAAGCAACACCAUUCUCUCAAUUCCACCAUAUCCAUCUUCCAUUCAGCCAGCAAAACAAUCACACACAGAAAAAAAACCCCAAUUUGACAACAACGCCGCCGUAAAUGAGUGCAGACGCCGCCACAGAGGAUGGGAUCCGAAAGCCCUUACUACACACGGGCAGCUGGUACCGCAUGUCGGGCAUGGGUUCCCGCCAGUCCAGCAUCAUGGGCUCCUCCGUCCAGAUCAUUCGCGAAUCCAUCUCCGUCUUCCUCUGCGUCUUCAUUGUAGCCCUAGGCCCAAUUCAAUUUGGCUAUACCUGUGGAUACUCGAAUCCCACGCAGUCGGAAAUCAUUAAAGAUCUUGGUCUCAGUAUUUCUGAGUUUUCUAUAUUUGGUUCCUUAGCAAAUGUUGGAGCAAUGGUUGGUGCAAUAGCAAGCGGCCAGAUUGCGGAAAACGUCGGGCGAAAAGGGUCACUAAUGAUUGCUUCGAUUCCCAAUAUCAUCGGCUGGCUUGCUAUUUCAUUUGCAAAAGACUCGUCGUUCUUGUUUAUGGGAAGGUUAUUAGCAGGGUUUGGCGUUGGCAUAAUUUCUUACACGGUGCCUGUAUACAUAGCAGAGAUUGCACCGCAGAACCUGAGAGGAAGCCUUGGAUCGGUAAAUCAGCUUUCGGUGACGAUCGGAAUAAUGCUGGUGUAUCUUUUGGGCCUUUUUCUACCGUGGAGAGUGCUUGCUGUUUUAGGAAUUUUGCCGUGCACAAUCUUGAUACCCGGUCUGUUUUUCAUACCAGAGUCUCCUCGUUGGUUGGCUAAAAUGGGCCUGAACGAAGAUUUCGAAACGUCUCUGCAAGUUUUACGAGGAUUUGAUGCAGACAUCUCAAUCGAAGUCAACGAGAUUAAGAGAUCUGUGGCUUCGUCGAGCAAAAGGACUGCUAUUCGGUUUUCAGAGCUUAAGAGGAAACGUUAUUGGUAUCCUUUGAUGGUCGGAAUCGGACUACUCAUGCUCCAACAGCUAAGCGGUAUAAACGGAGUUCUUUUUUAUUCAAGCAGCAUAUUUCAAUCUGCAGGGAUUUCGUCUGGUAAAGCAGCAACGUUCGGAAUCGGGGCUAUUCAGGUUGUUGUUACUGGGAUAUCGACAACUUUGAUGGACAAAGCGGGUCGAAGAAUUCUUCUUAUAGUGUCAUGCUCACUAAUGACUCUCAGCAGCCUCCUCGUUGCAAUGGCCUUCUAUUUAAAGGAUAUUUUGCCUGAGAAGUCUCAUUCGACGAUGGGAAUAUUAUCAUUAAUUGGACUUUUGAUUUUGGUAAUUGGUUUUUCGAUUGGACUCGGAGCUGUGCCGUGGAUUAUAAUGUCUGAGAUUCUUCCCGUGAGCAUUAAAAGCCUUGCUGGCAGCGUAGCAACGUUGGCUAAUUGGUUGUCGGCAUCAGUUGUUACUAUGACAGCUAAUUUACUCUUAACUUGGAGCAGUGGAGGGACUUUCCUCAUAUACGCAUUAGUAUCGGCUUUUACUGUCGUAUUCGUGGCAUUGUGGGUUCCCGAAACCAAAGGAAGAACGCUAGAAGAAAUCCAAAUCUCGUUAAAAUGAUACCGUCUGCAGUGUACAG